AUGACACAAGACAAAGAAGUCCUAGAAUACAUGACCAGAAAACUGAUAGAGAAGUACGAGAAAUGGGGACUGGAGCUAAACAAGAAAAAGACAAGAUAUAUGUGUCUUGGUGGCGAGUUGGAAGACCUAAUAUUAAAUAACAAUAUAAACAUUGAAGCUUGCGAAGAAUAUAUGUAUUUAGGGGUAAAAAUCGCAAGCAAAGGGAGAUGCGAAAAGGAAAUCGAAGAACGGAUUGGUAAAGGCAGAAAGGUGAUAGGAGCGCUGAACUCGGUGCUUUGGUCUAGGGAUAUCUCGGAUCACAGAAAAAAACUGAUUUAUAACGCGAUUCUGAAAAGCGUUAUGUUAUAUGGCUCUGAGGUAUGGCAGUUAAGCGAAAAACAUAAAAAGAAGUUGUUGUCGACCGAACUGGACUUCUGGCGAAGAUUAGCUCGAAUCUCCCGUUUAGAUAGAAUUAGGAUCGAGAGAAUACGUGAAAAAAUGAAGGUGGAGGGUAACAUUGUACAAGAUAUACAAGAAAAACAACUGCAGUGA